CCAUGGUAUUUUUAACCCUCUAAUGCCUCGGAUGAAGAAAGCGACAUUGGUGGUGAUCGUCAUUGCUACCUGGCUUGCAUCGCUUCUCGUCGCCACACCCACCGCCCUCUACACCAGAGUCUACAACGGAACGUGCAACGGUAGGGAAUUCCGCUUCUGCGCCGAAUACUGGCACGACGUCCGAGCCUCGAAGAUCUACGUCGUUCUACUCUCACUAGUGGAGUUCUUAGUGCCCAUGCUGAUCAUGGGCUGCAUCUAUCUGAGCAUCGCCACCAAGCUUUGGCUUCACCGCCAUCCUCCCGGCCACAUGACGGCCCGCCACCGAGAGAUCACCUUGGUCCGCAAGCAGAAGACGAUCCCGAUGCUUGUGGCAGUUGUGGUAGCCUUCUGCUUUUGCUGGGCUCCCUACUACGCCUACAACAUUGUCGUCGUAUUCCUGUACGAGGUGAUAGAGAGACAGCCCUACUACCUUACCCUCAUGUACGCCGUUGAAGGUCUGGCCAUGCUCAAUGCCGUCGUCAGUACCAUCAUUUACUUUGGCCUGAGCCCUGUAUUCCGCAAGGAGCUUGUGAACUUGUUUGGAAAAGCCUUUGUCUGUUGCAAGUUGCCAUCCAUCGGCGUCUCCCAGACUCGGACGUCACACAGAUCCAAUGGCAGUCAGUCCUCCAAUGUCCCGAGACUCAAUGGCUACAUCAAUGGGACAAGGAAACCUACCGUUGAGACCGUAGACACACGGAUAUGACUGCGUCAGAGGCCAAUCGUUAUUCGCAAAAUGGAUCAUGUGUGAAGUUGUGAAGACGUCAGAUGAUCCUAAAGGGGAGCCUCUAACGAAAGAGUUUAGAGGGCACUCAGUAUUGCUAAACUCUUGUUGAUAUCACUGUGAUUUUUGUCAUGCACUUGUAAAUGAAGAAUUCAAAGACAACAUUAUCAAUCUUUAGCGUCAAGUACCUAACUUAACACACGUCGAACGAACUGUGAAUUCUCAGAAUUUAAUUGUAACAGCCAACUUCUGGAAUUCUAUUUUGUGUACUUUCAUUGAAACAGUGUUUUCUUGUCAUAGCAAGUGCAAAAUCGGAAAUGAUUGUUUUAUUAUCAUCAUCAUGUUGAUGAAAACUGAACUUUAAUAUAAGUAAUAACGAUUUAUGCCAAUCUGAAAAGAGCUUUUUUUUACAUUAAUGUCUUGAUUUUAUGAAAGCUAAUAAUUCAGUAUGUUAUGCAAACGCUUGUCCUUUUGAAAGGACUUAGAUUUAUGUCUUCAAAAUAUUUUUAUUUGAUUUAUUUGACAAGAGAAAGGUUGGAAAGAGAUCUUUUGUGUAUAGUAUUCAACGUACGGGUUGACAGAACUGUGUGAAUGAAAGUCUACUUUAUUUUCUUAGCUUCAAACAAAUCUUUAGAUUUAAUGGAAUCUUUGCGUGCCUUCAGUGGAGUUUGUCUUAUUUCAAGCAAGAAAAAACUGAUUGUAAAUAUGAGAACAUGGGUCUAUUUUUCGUCUUUUGUAAAUAUAUAUUUAACUCUUUAUUCGAAUAUCGAUAAAUGAUACAAACACGUGUUGCAUUGUAUUUUUGCAUCGUGGGCUAUGAGAAUUGUAUAAUGCGCAUAUACUUCAACGAUUGAUCAGUGUUAAGAAAUGUUGUAAAGUUAUGUAUUAUUGUCUUUUAAGUGGUGAUAUGGGUCUAUAUCUCGGCCCUCUGUGCACCAUUUCGGCCAAUCUCAGUCAGAGUUGCCUCUCUUAUAUCGACCUUUAGAUCUGAUAAGGGAAAUAUGGCUUCAUGUGAAAUGAUUAUUCAAUGGUUGGAAACCGGUCGUUCGUUAUCACUGGUAUGUGAUGAUAUAUAUUUUUUCUUAACAAAACGGAUCAACUUCAUUCAUAUUUACUUGUACUAUAGAGGCCAUAUUAACAGGUGUUUUUUUUUUAGCUCCUUUGAGCAGAUUUCUUCCCUCAAAUUUCGCAAUCAAUUUACCAUACAACCUCAAUGUAAAAUUGAAUAUAAAAUGUCUACUUGUUUUGAUCAUUCUAAAUGUUAAACAGGAAUGGGUUGAACUUUAACAAUCAUCAUGCAAAUAUUGAAUGUCUUGUUACUUCAACCAUAAUGCAUAUCACCUUAUCACCUUGGUCGUACAUGUGGGCUAUUUACUUACUGCUGUUUAUAUUCAUGAUAUUUGCAAUUGGUAUUCAAGAAAUUAGGGUAAUGUUAUAUGUAUUUUUUUAAUUUAAGUUACAAGCAAAAACAUUUACGUCAUUUUCGUUAAAUUUUGAGCAAUAUUUCGUUUCAGGCAUACGAAUUUAAUUUUUCAUACAUGUAGGUAUACCAUGUGGGAAAAUCAACGCAACGGUAGACAUUGUCUUGUGUGGACUUGUAUGUAAAUGGAAAUGUUGAAACAGUUUACACUGGCUUCAAUGAAAGCACAAAGAAAAAUAACCCACUGGCAGUUCAUUUAUUUUUAAUGAGUUUCCGUUGCCAGAAAAGGGUUGCCUGAAUCUGGAUAGCAUCCUUCAUUACAGUAAGGAGCUUUCGCUCCGCGAUGUAUGGACGAUUCAAGACAGAGAACUUUUAUUGCCAAAUGUGCGUCAUGACAAAGACCAACCAAGAAGUCUUUGUCGAAAAUUGAUGAACCAAAGCAACAAUUUAGUCCUUCAAUCUGGGAAAACGAUAUGUCUGCAAUUUUUCGUCCGCUCUUAAACUUGGGACGAAACUGCUGUCUCGGUUCACUAAGCUAUGAAAAAUACCUUAGAGCUGUCAUUAUCACUUGGUGGGCAUUUUCAAUAGAUUUACUCUGUUCCUGUAUCGUCCGUACCUAACGUAGUAAAAGCUUCCUCGUGAUAUGGGAACCAAACGAACAUGCACGCCUCACUCAUUGCUGGCAACAGCCACGCCCUGUUCACCAUGUUCAGACCUAGUUUCGUAUGGAUAAUGUCAAGAAAAACAUUCAAACGAAGUGUGUUGGCGCUCGCCCGUGCGGAUGCGCAAUAUGCGAUUAGGUUUGCUAUCUAAUUUGAUUUAUUUAUCUGAGCAACAGUCGUGAAGUUCCUCGUCAUGUUUCUGAAAUUCCUUUUGAAUCUCAAAUAAUUUUUGCCAUUGUAAAAAAAAAUUAUUAAUUAAAUAGAGUACCGAAGCGAUGACGUCAGUUGCCAUGGUGUCAUGGCGGCUGAAUGAAAGCGUGUGUUUUUCAUAGGAGAAAAUGGCUG